ACACCAUUUCUGCAUAUGGUGCAAGGUUCACGCCCCGGCAAGAAUGUGCAGCUGACAGAAAAUGAGAUCAGAGGCCUGUGCUUGAAGUCGCGGGAAAUCUUCCUGAGCCAGCCCAUCUUGUUGGAGCUGGAAGCCCCGCUCAAGAUUUGUGGCGACAUCCACGGGCAGUACUAUGAUCUGCUCCGACUCUUUGAAUAUGGGGGCUUCCCCCCAGAGAGCAACUACCUCUUCCUGGGUGACUAUGUAGACCGGGGGAAGCAGUCGCUGGAGACGAUCUGCCUCUUGCUGGCCUACAAGAUUAAGUACCCUGAGAACUUCUUCUUGCUGCGUGGCAACCAUGAAUGCGCCAGCAUCAACCGCAUCUAUGGCUUCUAUGAUGAAUGUAAAAGGCGCUAUAACAUCAAGCUGUGGAAGACCUUCACGGACUGCUUCAACUGUUUGCCUAUUGCUGCCAUAGUUGACGAGAAGAUCUUUUGCUGCCAUGGAGGACUCUCUCCUGACCUCCAGUCCAUGGAACAGAUCAGGAGGAUCAUGAGACCCACAGAUGUCCCUGACCAGGGCCUGCUUUGUGACCUACUCUGGUCUGACCCGGACAAAGACGUGCAGGGUUGGGGCGAGAAUGACCGUGGGGUCUCCUUCACGUUUGGCUCAGAGGUUGUCGCCAAAUUCCUCCACAAACACGAUCUGGACUUGAUCUGCCGAGCACAUCAGGUGGUAGAAGAUGGAUAUGAAUUUUUUGCCAAGCGGCAGCUGGUGACACUCUUUUCGGCUCCAAACUACUGUGGCGAAUUUGAUAACGCAGGCGCAAUGAUGAGUGUGGAUGAGACCCUCAUGUGCUCUUUCCAGAUCUUGAAACCAGCUGACAAGAACAAGGGUAAAUAUGGCCAGUUCAGUGGCCUGAACCCAGGCGGGCGCCCGGUCACGCCUCCACGCAACUCGGCCAAAGCCAAGAAGUAACUGGCCAUACCUACCUGCCUGCCUGCCUGCCCGCCCCCAAGCUCUAAGUGUGGGGCCCAGGCUGUCAUGUGUAGCGGUUACACUGUACAGCGGCUGCCUACCUCCCCAGGGCCUGGCCAUGUAAUUUUUUUUAAAUGUCUGAAUAAGAAUUCAAUACCAAAAAUUCUGCUCCCCUAAGAAAAGGGGAUGUCUUUAUUUUUGGGGGUAUUUUUGAUUGAACUUUUUGCCAACUUUGUCCCGAUGAGUGCUCCCCCCUCCCCCAUGGGGGGUACUGCAUCUUUUUGAAUAAACAUGUAAGAUUCUUAA